AUUUCUAGUGAUAAAUACUUCGUACCAAUAUCAUGUUAAAAAAUAAAAUCAAACCAAACUUUUCUUGUAGAUUUUAGCUUCCUUUCAAACUCCUAUAAACGGUGAAAAAACACAAGUUCAAAUUCAGACCAAAACCACCAUCAACAUCAUCUUUCAGCAAACAUGAAAUCUUCAGGAGCAUUUGCUGCAAUUGUGAUUCUGAUCCUUCUUGCUACGACUUCAGAGGGUGCAAUUUCAUGCAGUGAUGUGGUGAAGGACUUGAGGCCAUGUGUGAGCUACUUGGUGAGUGGAAGUGGACAGCCACCAGCUGGUUGUUGCUCAGGAGUUAAGGCUCUUGCCUCUGCUGCAUCAACCUCAGAGGAUAAGAAGACUGCAUGUAACUGCAUCAAAUCAACUUCCAAGAGCAUCAACAUUAAUUCACAAUUGGCUCAGGCUCUUCCAGGGAACUGUGGAGUUACCCUUUCUGUGGCUAUCUCUCCUAAUGCAGAUUGUUCCAAGAUUGGUUGAAACUUGGAACUGGAGGGAAUUGCAGAGCAUGCAGAAUAUUUUUCUGCUACGUAUGUAUGGAGUAUAACAUAUUUUAAUUAUGUAAUAAAGAAAAGGAAUCUACCUAUGUGGAUUUCUAUAUACCAAGUUAAGUCCAUCAUUUUGCUUUCAAUAUGUUGCUUGAAUGUGUUGUUUCCUAUCUACCUUGAUUGUAGAGCCACCUGCGGCACCUGUUAUUUAAAUUUCACAAAUGUUAUUUUGCUAUCUGCAUGUAUGAAGGGUAAUGUUCAAGUUAUUUGGAUGCCAA